UAUUCGCCCUGCUUUAACGUCACUGCCGUCUCUUCUACCUAGCCUAGUCGUUGUUUGUAGACUGUAGACUUAUUACAAUCUGUUUAAAAUAUAAACAAUAACAGUCGUUUUGUACAAUGCCAGGAUUUUCAGACAGAGACCGUGGCAGAGACAGAGGGUAUGGUGGGGGACCUCCUCGUUAUGGAGGUGGUGGUGGAGGAGGUAGCAGGGGUGGACCUCCACCUGCCAAGUUUGGCAACCCUGGUGACAGGCUAAGAAAGAGACACUGGAACCUAGAUGAACUUCCUAAGUUUCAAAAGAACUUCUACCAGGAACAUCCAGACGUCAGCCGAAGACCACUUCAAGAGAUUGAGCAGUACAGAAGAAGCAAAGAAGUUACAGUGAAAGGCAGAGAUUGCCCCAAACCAAUUGUAAAGUUCCAUGAAGCAGCUUUUCCAAGCUAUGUCAUGGAUGUUAUUGUUAAACAGAACUGGAUCGAACCAACCCCUAUUCAGUCUCAAGGGUGGCCAGUGGCUCUCGGUGGCAAAGACAUGGUUGGCAUCGCUCAAACGGGCUCUGGUAAAACCCUGGCAUACCUUCUACCUGCUAUUGUGCACAUUCAACAUCAACCCUUCCUGGAGCAUGGUGAUGGACCUAUUUGCUUGGUGUUGGCGCCGACCCGUGAGCUGGCCCAGCAGGUGCAACAAGUUGCCGCUGAAUACGGCAGGGCGUCACGCCUCAAGAGCACCUGCAUAUACGGUGGUGCACCCAAAGGACCCCAAAUUAGGGAUCUUGAGAGAGGAGUUGAGAUUUGCAUCGCCACCCCUGGUCGCCUCAUUGACUUCCUGGAGUGCGGAAAAACAAAUUUACGACGUUGCACCUAUCUUGUGCUUGACGAGGCCGACCGUAUGCUUGACAUGGGAUUUGAACCGCAGAUCCGUAAGAUCGUGGAUCAAAUACGGCCAGACCGUCAGACCCUGAUGUGGAGCGCUACAUGGCCCAAAGAAGUCCGUCAGCUGGCUGAGGACUUCCUGAAAGACUAUGUACAGAUCAACAUCGGAGCGCUUCAGCUCAGCGCCAACCACAACAUCUUGCAGAUAGUCGAUGUUUGCAGUGACAUGGAGAAAGAGGACAAACUGAUUCGCUUGCUGGAGGAGAUAAUGAGUGAAAAGGAAAACAAGACCAUUAUAUUUGUGGAGACUAAAAGGCGCUGUGAUGAGCUCACCAGGAGGAUGAGAAGGGACGGGUGGCCAGCUAUGGGGAUUCAUGGAGACAAGAGCCAGCAGGAGAGAGACUGGGUCCUUAAUGAGUUCAGAUACGGCAAAGCACCAAUCCUCAUUGCAACAGACGUGGCAUCCCGUGGUUUAGAUGUGGAGGAUGUGAAAUUUGUCAUCAAUUAUGACUACCCUAACUCCUCCGAGGACUAUAUCCACCGCAUUGGACGCACAGCCCGCAGUCAAAAAACGGGCACAGCUUACACCUUCUUCACCCCCAACAACAUGAAACAGGCUAGUGACCUCAUCUCUGUGCUGCGGGAGGCCAACCAGGCGAUUAACCCCAAGUUGAUCCAGAUGGCUGAGGACAGAGGAGGUCGCGGAAGAGGUGGACGUGGUGGCUACAAAGACGACCGUCGAGAUAGGUAUUCUGGUGGUGGGAGGCGCGAUAACUUCGGUGGUAGUAACUAUAGGGACAACGAUAGGGGGUUUGGAAAUGGGCCAAAGGGUGGGUUUGGAGGCAAGGUACAAAAUGGGGGUGGUUACGGAGGUAGUAACAGUGGUAGCUCUAGUGGUAACUACGGCAACAGUUAUAGCAACAGCCAAAGCAGUUUUGGUGGUCCGUCCAAUCAGGUGGGUGCCUUUGCUAACCAAAGCUUCCAGGGCCCCCCUCAGUUCGGGGCCAUGCAGAGGCCUGCCCAGAAUGGCAUGAAUCACCCGUUUCCUUUUGCCUCUCAACCGCCACCUCCGCCACAGGCCCAACAGCCACCACCCCCACCUCCGAUGGUGCCCUACCCCAUGCCUCCACCCUUUCCACAGUAAAUUUAAAGUCCACACAAAAUAUUCAACCUACUUGUUUUAUUUUUUUUUGUUUGUUUAAUCUACUUUAUUAUUAUAGUUGUUAAUUAAUAUAUAUUAUUACCUGUUUAACUUUGUUUUUGCAUACAGCAGGGUUUGCAGUUAAUUCCGUAACAGCACAGUGCAACUGUGAUGUGCUGUGCUUUUUUUUUUGUGUCACAUUCCUUUGUAAUUCAGCUAGGUAAUGCGUUGUGUUGAUUUUGUGGUAUAAAUUAGUGCAAGUGAUGUGGUGAUGAAUAUAUUAAAAUGUGCAUCUGUCCCUUUUUUCAAUAAAA